AACCACACCAACUGCAUCCACAACAAGACCUCCUAUAUCUUCAUCAUCAAAACCAGAGAGUUCAGUAUUUAACAGUGCCUCUGCUCAUCUGAGGGGUGGAGACCCAAUGGGAAUGUGUACAAUCAAGGAAAGCUGUAAGCCAAGGAUGGCUGCUUCAUGGGGAGCUGACAGUCUUGAUGGUUUCACAGACACCAGGGCAAAGUGUGAUGGUAUAUCAUGCAGCUGGCUCAGUGGAUCUGUUAACAUCAAAGGUACUGGAGAAGGUGUUCAUGUCUACAUAUUUGACACAGGAGUAGAUCUGAAACAUCCUGAAUUCUGUGGCAGAAUACAAACAGUCUAUGAUGCCAGUGGUGGUUCAGGGCAAGACUUGAGUGUUGAUGGACAUGGUACGCAUGUAGCAGGCAUCAUAGCAGGAGCUACAACUGGUGUUGCCCCUGAUGCAACAAUUCAUAUAUUGCAGCUGGAGAAUGAAUAUGGUGCCAUGACACUACAGACGAUACUCUGUGCCAUAGAGAUGGCAAAGAAUGAUAUUGAAAAGAAUAACAGAACCAGAGUUAUUGGGAGCAUGUCUAUCCAAGGUGGUCAUAACAAGGUUCUAAAUGAUGCUCUUGCAGAGCUGGCUAAAAUGCCAGUCCCUUUGCCAAUAGUUGUGGCUGCAGGUAACUACCUUGAGGGAUACUCUCUCACAAGGGACAGCUGUGAAUGUUCACCUGCAUCAGAGGAAACAGUAAUAACAGUGGCAGGGUCUGAUGGUGCAUAUGUAUGUGAUACAUCAAACACUGGUAGCUGUGUUGAUAUAUUUGCACCAGGUAUUGGUAUUAAUACCACCAGUAGGGGAAGCACAUAUGACUCACAAUGUGAAGGUACAUCUUAUGCUGCACCGUUUGUGACGGGUGCACUGGCAGCAUAUAUCAGUACACUGCCAGAGAGCGACUUGCCUCUAACCACAGAUGACCUCAAGUUAUUGCUCGAUAAAUGGUGGGGUAAAGACCGUCCUGGUCUGUAUAGUCCUCUAUCAACAUUCCAAGGAGCACCUAACAGAGUCCUUGUUUACAACCAGUGCCCUUAACAGAUGUAGGAUGAUAGGAAAAUAUGAAUACAUGUACAUCAAAUUGCUAUCUUUGCGAAACUUGCAAUUCACUGAAUGUUUGUAUAUUGACUAUUUAUAUUUGAAAUAAAGCGAUAACAUGGAA